AUGCAGCCCGUCGGGGGCGGGGCUCCGAGGCCGGGAUGCGGCCCCGGGUUCCCGGGCAGCCUCCGCCAGCUGGACCCCGUCGCGCUCCUGAUGCUGCUCGUGGACGCCGACCGGCCGGAGCCCGUGCGCAGCGGGGCGCGCGAGCUCGCGCUCUUCCUGACCCCCGAGCCCGGGGCCGAGGCGAAGGAGGUGGAGGAGACCAUCGAGGGGAUGCUCCUCAGGCUGGAAGAGUUCUGCAGUCUGACUGACAUGAUCAGGAGCGACACUUCGCAGAUCUUGGAGGAAAACAUCCCGCUCCUUCAGGCCAAAGUGACAGAAAUGCGUGGCAUCUAUGCCAAAGUGGACCAGCUAGAGGCCUUCGUCAAGAUGGUUGGGCACCACGUCUCCUUCCUGGAGGCCCACGUGCUUCAGGCCGAGCGGGACCACGGGGCCUUCCCGCGGGCUCUGCGGAGGUGGCUGGGCUCCGCCGGGCUUCCCUCCUUCAGGAAUAAGCCGCCGGCGCCCCUGCCCUUCGAGCUGCCCGCGCUGUACCGGACGGAGGACUACUUCCCCGCGGCCGCCGGCCAGGCCGCUCUGCGGACCCCCGGCCCCCGGCGCCGGCGCGUGUGAGCCCCCGCAGCCGCGGGGUCGGCCUGUCCUCCUGCUGUCCCUUCCCGCUUUGAAUCCCCUCCCUCGCUGCACGGGAAGCCACGCGGUUCGGAGACGCGUUUGGGGCCCAC